AUGUUGCAACUUAGCAAAAUGCAGCUAGUAGCUUUCACCGUGGUGCUCAUUCUACCAGCACUUCAAAGCGGGGGGUUUUUGUCUGGUACAGACAUUUACGAGGAGUGCAUGGAUAUUCUUAUUGCAUGCGGAGAGAUGGCAUGCCGACUCCAAGGAUUUGGUACAUUUAUUGAUUAUAAUCCUCAAUCGUGCACAUUGGAAUGCUUUGGAAACACUUGGUGGAAGGUGCCAGAUGGGGUUUGCAAGGGCGAUGUUGUGAACUGCGAUUCAAGCACGAAAGAAAGCCUCCGCAAUUGGCGACAGGAAUUGCAGACUACAAAAACUGGAGUUUUGAAAAGUUGGUGUCCAUCUUUUUGGAAGAAGUAA